AUGGCCACGCUCUCCUCCUGCAGCCGCCUGAGCAGCUGCACCGGCGCCGCGGCUAUCCACCACCGGCAGCCGGCGGACCUACCGACGGAGCGCCGCCACCGACGGCUCCGCCUCCGUCGCCAUCCAGUUCGGCACCCUCUACAGCACGGAGGAUACGCAGAAGCCGGCGGACCUUUGUUGCUUCCUGCUAUCGAGGAUGGGAUCUUCAGUGAUAAUUGGCGUAUCCGACAAAGUUCCGUUGAACUUCUUGGGGAUCUCUUAUUUAAGGUCGCUGGAACUUCUGGGAAGGCAAUCCUUGAGGGUGGAAGUGAUGAUGAAGGUGCUAGUACAGAGGCUCAGGGGCGUGCUAUUAUUGAAGUACUUGGAAGGGAGAAACGCAAUGAAGUUCUUGCUGCCAUUUAUAUGGUUCGUUCUGAUGUCAGCUUGACUGUCCGGCAGGCUGCAUUACAUGUCUGGAAGACAAUUGUAGCAAAUACUCCAAGAACUCUCAAAGAGAUAAUGCCAGUACUUAUGGACACACUUAUUUCGUCUCUUGCAUCAUCUUCCUCAGAAAGGCGUCAGGUUGCUGGAAGAUCACUUGGUGAGCUUGUAAGGAAGCUUGGUGAAAGAGUUUUGCCCUCGAUUAUUCCAAUCCUGUCACGAGGACUCAAAGACCCAAGUGCUAGCAGAAGACAAUGGAAUGUAUAUAUGCACAAAAGGAGUUUGCAUUGGUUUGAGGUUAUGGGCAGUGCGGGGAAACACCAGCUAUUAAGUUUUAUGGAUGAACUUAUUCCUACCAUUCGUACUGCUCUAUGCGACAGCACCCAAGAGGUCCGUGAAUCUGCUGGGUUAGCGUUUAGUACUCUGUACAAGAGUGCUGGGCUGCAAGCCAUUGAUGAGAUUGUCCCCACAUUGCUACGGGCUUUGGAAGAUGAUGAUACAUCUGCAACAGCCCUUGAUGGUCUAAAGCAGAUUUUAAGUGUCAGAACAGCAGCUGUUUUGCCCCAUAUAUUGCCCAAAUUAGUCCAGCCCCCCCUCUCUUCAUUUAAUGCACAUGCAUUAGGUGCUCUAGCAGAGGUUGCCGGGCCAGGUUUGAAUUCACAUAUUGGAACUGUUCUCCCAGCAUUGAUUCUUGCUAUGGAUGAUGAUGAUGCGGAUGUACAAAACUCAGCCAGGAAAGCUACUAAAACUGUUCUGUUGGUUAUUGAUGAGGAAGGAGUUGAAACUUUGAUACCUGAGCUUCUAAGAGGAAUCAAUGACAGUCAGGCAUCAAUGAGGCGGGGUUCAGCCUAUCUAAUUGGUUUCCUCUUUAAAAACACUAAAUUAUAUUUGGCUGAUGAGGCUUCUGAUAUGAUGUCAACCCUAAUAAUUUUGUUGAGUGAUACAGACAAGGCUACUGUAUCAGCUGCUUUAGAAGCAUUUUCAAGAGUUGUUGCAUCUGUUCCAAAGGAACAUCUCCCGACGCAUAUAAAACUAGGUGUGCCUAUUCUUGUGCCUGGCUUAUGUCUUCCUAAAGCACUGCAGCCUUUUCUUCCUAUAUUUCAGCAGGGUUUAAUUAGUGGGUCGGCCGAAACAAAGGAGCAGGCAGCUGAAGGUUUAGGAGAGUUAAUUGACGUAACAAGCGAGAAGACUCUUAAGGAAGUUAUAGUGCCAAUUACAGGACCUCUUAUUCGCAUCCUUUGUGAUCGGUUUCCGUGGCAAGUUAAGUCAGCUAUCCUAUCAACCCUGACAAUCAUCAUCAUGAAAGGUGGAAUUGCACUUAAGCCCUUCCUUCCACCAUUUCAAACUACAUUUGUGAAAUGUCUACAGGAUAACAAUAGGUCUGUCCGGACGAGGGCUGCAGCUGCUCUCGGAAAGCUUAGUGCUCUUAGCACACGGGUGGAUCCUUUAGUUAGCGAUCUUCUGUCCAUGUUGCAGUCAGGAGAUGAAUCUGUCAAAGAAAGUGUGCUUUCUGCGCUUAAAGGUGUUAUCAAACAUGCUGGCAAAAGUGUCAGCUCUGCAAUAAGGUCACGUGGAUGUGCUCUUCUUGAAGAUCUGCUGCAGGCUCAAGCUGAUGAUGUCCGCAGUUGUGCUGCAAAAGUGAUUGGCACAUUGUCUCAGUACAUGGAGGAGACAGAGAUUUCAGAUUUGGUGCAAAUCAUAUUGAACGUGAGCACCUCAUCAGACUGGUGUACGAGGCAUGGUGCUUUGUUAGCAUUCUCAUCCAUAUCAAUGCAUUCUCUAUCAAAAUUGUGUCAUUUGGCAUCCUUUCCAUCUCUGGUUGAUCUUCUGAAAGAUUCUCUUAAAGACGACAAGUUCCCUGUUCGUGAAGUUGCUACAAGAACUCAGGGAAGGAUACUCUGUUUCCAGCUACAGUCAGAAGGCGGCACCUUGCAACUUGUUCAGUUUCUUGUCUUGGCCUUGCGUGAUCAUUCAAGUGAAGUUAGGAGAAGAUCUUCGUCGUGUAUCAAAGCUGCUGCAAAGAUAAAUCAUUCAGCUCUUGCUACACAUCACUCUAUAUUGGGCCCGGCAAUUGCUGAUGUUUUGAAGGACUCUAGCAUGCCUGGCCAUGUUACAGCAGCGCAAAAGUACCUGGGCAUGACUGGCUUGGAAGUGAAGAAAAUCGCAAAGCUUAACGAGGAGAGUGAUGGCAGUGAGAACAGUGAUGAUGACAAGAGGGCAUAA